UGCGUUUUUUUUUGGCAUCUGCCUAGUCACUCCUUCAGAUCCAACUACGACUUCAUUAAAAAAAAAAUCAAAAAUCAAAAAAAAAUCAAUUUUCUUUGGUACAUUUUUCUUUUCUUUCUAUAGCAGCGCUUGACCUCUUCUACCAACGGCAAUCCGUUAUCGAUUUUGUACCCAAUUCGAUAAUUCUCAACAACAAAAAAGACCCAGAAUCAGGAUUUAAGAUCGUAUCAAAAUGGUCUCAUUCAGUUUUCUCGCUGCCGCUUUUGCAGCUUUCGCAGCAGUUUCUGAAGCUUCUUAUCGUGGACAUAUGGCCAAGCGCCAUCUCCACAUGAGGUACGCCUAUGGGAACCUCACCGAUGUCUACCCAACUGCCAUUGGAACUGGUAGCCCCGCUCUGGGUCCUGUCACUACAAGUAUCAUUCCAGAUGUUGCCGGUACUCCAGAACAGGACUACACCACUACUCUUACCCAGACAAUCACCAAGUGUCUUACUGUCACUUACACCCUGGGAAGUGGGAAAGAAGUUGUUACCACUAUUACUAAGUAUGAGACUACUGCCAAAACAAUUGCCCACGUCAAGGCUACCCUGACUGUCGCUCCGGUGGUUGAGUCGGCUCCUGUUGUCUCCCCUGUGUCUGCUUCUUCCACUCUCGCUCCUGUUGUUUCGAGCCCGGUCCCGAGUAGCGGCCAGUCCACUCGCACCAGUACCACUAUCUCCUAUGCCACUGCGCCCGCAAGUGGGACCCUUACUGUUACUGGUGCUCCCACUUGCCCUAGCGUCGAGACUGUAUACGUUCCGACGUAUAUCACUAUCUACAACACAGUGACUGCGGGCGCUCCCGUCCCAUCCACUCAUAAUUCUAUGCCGCCACCAUACCAAAACUCAACCACACGGAGCACCACCACAAGAACCAGCACCACUACCGUCAGCAUUUUCAAGACGGUGAUGCUUAGCACGUCAGCUGUCCCAACUGCGUAUUAAAGUAUUGCUUUUUCUUUUUCUUUUUGCGAUAUGUGCAUAGUCUCUUUGGUUAAAAUUUCC